AGAAAGCGAAUAUUUGUAAAAAAUUCCUUCUUUCUCUUACCCUACAUUGUGCCACCUGUACCUUAGUCCCUGACUCCAUAACUGUCAAUCUCCUCCUCCUCCUCCUUUCUCUCUCCUUCCUACGCCACACUAUUUCUUCCAUCUUCUUCUCUUCCGAAUUUUUUAAAAAAAGUUCAACAAAUUUCACAGAUUUCGAUCGGGAAAAAAUGGCGGGAAACGACUGGAUUAACAGUUAUCUAGAAGCCAUUUUAGACGUCGGAGGUCAAGGUAUCGACGCUUCUACUGGAAAAACGUCGACUGCGCCGCCGUCGUUGCUUCUCCGUGAACGAGGUCAUUUUAGUCCUUCUCGUUAUUUUGUUGAAGAAGUUAUCUCUGGUUUUGAUGAGACCGAUCUUCAUCGCUCUUGGGUUCGCGCUGCAUCAACUCGCAGCCCUCAAGAGAGGAAUACACGGUUGGAAAAUCUGUGCUGGAGAAUAUGGAAUUUAGCACGCAAAAAGAAACAGAUUGAGGGAGAGGAAGCUCAGCGUCUGGCUAAACGCCAUGUGGAACGCGAAAGAGGUCGCAGAGAGGCUACUGCUGACAUGUCAGAAGACUUGUCCGAAGGAGAAAGGGGAGACACCGUUGCUGAUAUGUUAUUUGCUAGUGAAAGCACUAAAGGAAGAAUGCGUAGAAUAAGUUCAGUGGAAAUGAUGGACAAUUGGGCCAAUACCUUCAAAGAAAAGAAACUCUACGUUGUGUUGAUAAGCCUUCAUGGCUUGAUACGUGGUGAGAACAUGGAACUUGGUCGCGAUUCUGAUACAGGUGGUCAGGUAAAGUAUGUAGUAGAACUUGCCAGGGCGCUUGGAUCAAUGCCUGGAGUUUACCGCGUUGAUCUACUGACAAGACAGGUUUCAGCUCCAGGUGUAGAUUGGAGUUAUGGUGAACCUACUGAGAUGUUGUCUUCAAGAAAUUCUGAAAAUUCAACUGAGCAGCUUGGAGAGAGCAGCGGUGCUUACAUUAUCCGCAUACCAUUUGGGCCGAAGGACAAAUAUGUAGCAAAAGAGUUACUUUGGCCAUACAUUCCAGAGUUUGUUGAUGGUGCACUUAGUCACAUAAAACAAAUGUCCAAAGUUCUUGGUGAGCAAAUUGGUGGUGGGUUGCCUGUAUGGCCAGCUUCUGUCCAUGGGCAUUACGCUGAUGCUGGGGAUUCUGCAGCUCUUUUAUCCGGUGCUUUAAAUGUGCCGAUGGUUUUUACUGGUCAUUCUCUUGGACGAGAUAAGCUUGACCAGCUGCUGAAACAGGGGAGACUCUCUAGGGAAGAAGUUGAUGCAACAUACAAAAUAAUGCGGCGCAUAGAGGCUGAGGAGUUAUGUCUUGAUGCCUCUGAAAUAGUUAUCACAAGCACUAGACAGGAAAUAGAAGAGCAAUGGCAGCUCUAUCAUGGAUUUGAUCUAGUGCUAGAACGCAAACUAAGAGCUAGGAUGAGACGUGGUGUGAGCUGUCACGGUAGAUUUAUGCCCCGCAUGGCUAAAAUUCCUCCUGGCAUGGAAUUUAACCAUAUCGCUCCAGAAGAUGCUGAUAUGGACACAGAUAUUGAUGGACAUAAAGAAAGCAAUGCGAAUCCAGAUCCAGUUAUUUGGUCUGAGAUUAUGCGUUUUUUUUCAAAUGGGCGCAAGCCAAUGAUACUUGCCCUUGCUAGGCCAGAUCCAAAAAAGAACCUUACAACAUUAGUCAAGGCUUUUGGUGAAUGCCGGCCAUUGAGAGAACUCGCAAAUCUGACUUUGAUUAUUGGAAAUCGUGAUGAUAUUGAUGAAAUGUCUACCACAAGUUCAUCUGUCCUGAUCUCGAUCCUUAAAUUGAUUGACAAGUAUGAUCUGUAUGGUCAAGUGGCGUAUCCUAAGCACCACAAGCAGUCUGAUGUUCCUGAUAUUUAUCGCCUGGCAGCUAAAACAAAGGGUGUAUUCAUCAAUCCUGCGUUUAUUGAACCAUUUGGGCUGACUUUAAUUGAGGCUGCUGCUUAUGGUUUGCCUAUUGUUGCUACAAAGAAUGGAGGCCCUGUUGACAUAAUUGGGGUUCUGGACAAUGGGCUUCUCAUUGAUCCUCAUGAUCAGAAAUCUAUUGCUGAUGCUCUCUUGAAGCUUGUUGCUGAUAAACACCUAUGGACGAAGUGUAGACAGAAUGGGUUGAAGAACAUUCACCUCUUUUCGUGGCCAGAGCAUUGCAAAAAUUACUUGUCACGCAUAGCCAGUUGCAAACCUAGGCAACCAAAUUGGCAAAGGAUCGAUGAAGGAUCUGAAAAUUCAGAUACAGAUUCAGCUGGUGAUUCUUUGAGGGACAUUCAAGAUAUAUCUUUGAACUUAAAGCUUUCACUGGAUGCAGAGAGGACUGAAGGAGGCAACAGUUUUGAUGAUUCAUUAGAUUCCGAAGAAGCUAAUGCAAAGAGAAAAAUAGAGAAUGCAGUUGCGAAAUUGUCAAAGUCUAUGGAUAAAGCACAGGUUGAUGUUGGUAAUCUAAAGUUCCCAGCUAUUAGGAGGAGAAAGUGUAUUUUUGUCAUCGCUCUGGAUUGUGAUGUGACUUCAGAUCUCCUUCAAGUCAUUAAGACAGUUAUUUCUAUUGUCGGAGAGCAAAGACCAACAGGGUCAAUUGGAUUUAUACUCUCAACAUCAAUGACCUUAUCUGAAGUUGAUUCUCUUUUGGAUUCAGGAGGCUUGAGACCUGCAGAUUUUGAUGCUUUCAUUUGUAACAGUGGCAGUGAACUUUACUAUCCAUCUACGGACUAUUCAGAGUCUCCGUUUGUGCUAGAUCAAGACUAUUAUUCGCAUAUUGACUACCGUUGGGGAGGAGAAGGUUUGUGGAAGACUUUGGUGAAAUGGGCUGCUUCCGUGAACGAGAAAAAGGGAGAGAAUGCUCCAAAUAUUGUUAUUGCAGAUGAAACUAGCUCUACAACUCACUGCUAUGCAUUUAAAGUGAAUGAUUUCACUUUGGCACCCCCAGCUAAGGAGCUUAGGAAGAUGAUGAGAAUCCAGGCUCUACGUUGUCAUGCGAUAUAUUGCCAAAAUGGUACCAGGUUGAAUGUCAUUCCUGUUUUGGCUUCAAGAUCCCAAGCACUCAGAUACCUAUUUAUGCGUUGGGGAGUAGAGUUGUCAAAUUUCGUGGUUUUUGUUGGCGAAUCUGGAGAUACAGAUUAUGAAGGAUUGUUGGGUGGGGUUCACAAGACGGUGAUAUUAAAGGGCAUCGGAAGUAAUACUUCUAAUUUUCAUGCAACCAGAGCAUAUCCUAUGGAGCAUGUUAUGCCAGUUGACAGCCCCAACAUGUUCCAGACUGGAGGAUGUAACAUUGACGACAUAAGUGACGCCCUAAGCAAGAUUGGCUGUUUAAAAGCACAGAAGAGUCUUUAAGACAUUAUAGCGUUGCUGAUUUCGAGCCACCACAGUUUUUUUUUUUAAAUAUAAAUCUUCAUCAAUUGUCAUUACUCUUUAUAUACCUUGCUGGUCAUAUUUCUGCAGGAAAGUUUCGCUGGGAAUAGGUCAGUUGAAUGUUCUCUUCAACUUAAUUGUAUAUCUUGUUGCAUUAUUUUUUUAGUUUAGAUAGGGCUGGAAGCCGAAACAUAAAGGCAGUAAAAAGAGACUGGAAAAGUUUCUGUAAUCUGUACAAUCUGAAAAACAAUUUUUUUACAUGUUUUCAUA